UAUUAGAUUCCUUAUGAAAACAUUGGAAUGGCUAUCGAAGCAACUAUCGUAGAACAACUUCAAGAACUUCAAAAAUGGCAAACUCAACGAAAAGAAGAAUUAAUAAAACAGCAGCAAAAGCAACGAGAACAACUAAGUAAUGAACAAAAUCGUAUAUAUCAUAGUUUAAGUUUGUCAGUUGAAGAAAUGAAUUUGAAUGAUCAAUCUUUAAAAGAAUUAAUAGGACAAGAUAAAGAAGAGAUAAUUUCAGAUUUAAUAGAUUUUAAUACACCUGAUGAACAAUGUGAAUCACAAAGAAAUAAUUUUUCACAUUAUGUUACUUUGACUAAUGAAAAAAACAAUAAGUUAAAUUUAAAAGAACCACAAGUACAAUUAAAUGUAAAAAAUAAAAAUUUUAAUUUAGAAUCAAACUUAGAAUGUAAUAAUUCAUAUAAUCCAGACAGUUAUAAUUCACAAUAUUCUAUAGAUAGUACACAAUCAUAUUCUUCUAGGAUGUCUGAUAGGCAGCGUAUAUUACUCGAUGACAUACCGGUUCCAUCUCCUAAAAAAGACUUUAAUACGCUAUUAGAAGAAAGAUUAAAAGACGACGAAGGUGCGAAUAUUAAAAAUAAAAAUAAACCAGUAUUUAAGAGACCGUUUCUUAAAAAAGGACAAGGUCUUGCUAGAUUUAUGCCUAAUUCAAAUUCUGGAGGUACUGGAAGACCUAGAAGCGCAUCACUUUCUAUUGCCACACAAUCGAAUAAUAAUAAAGCAUCUAGAGCAACAAAGCUUGAAAGAUGUAAUUCUUUACCAAGAUCAAAACAAACUGAUGCAUCCAAGAAAUUAAAUGCAAAUUCUGUAUCAAUUUCUCAACCAAAAUUAACUAUUAAAAAUGUGCCACCACCUAGAAAGAAAACUCGCGGUAAACCUAUUGGUUCUAUGCUGAAUUCAAUUGUUGACAAGAAAAAUCCUGUAGAAAUAAUAUCUGAUACUAAUAGUUCUGAUCUUGAAAUUAAAAAUAAACGAGAACUAGAUGAAGUUAGAAUAUUUGAAUUUCUUGAAGAUAAAGCAGAAAAUUCAAGUUUCUGUUCGACAUCAAGUACAGUUAUAGCUUUUUUACAACAGUCAACACCUUUAAAACAUAAAGCUCUUUUGCAUAGUGCUUCAAAACAUAAAAUUUCCCUCCACGAUAUAGGCGACAAAACUUUGGAAAAGAUAGCAUGUGCAGCCAAGGCUAGUCACUUAGAAACACCACAGUCUAAAGAAAAUAUUAAGGAUCAAAAGCAUAUACAUUGGGAUAAAGUUCCAAUAUCAAAAAUGAAAGAGGAUAAAACUGUUACUGGCACUAUACUUCCUUAUGGAACUGAUAUAGAUGAACAAUACGAUGAUUAUGUUAUGAAUCAAGAUCUAAGCGAAGAUGAGAAUAGCGUGAGUCUUCACGUGAGAUUUUCUGAGCAUAAUGAAUACAAGACCAUGACAGAUGCUUCGAGCGUUUCAAGUGAUUCAGAAACCAUUAUAAAUUACACUGAUAAUAAAGGAACUUGGUCCGAUAGCUCAGUCACCCCAGAUUCAUCGGAUAUGGAAAGUAUUAUAUCAUUACAAUUAAAACCUGACGCUAAAUGCAAUGACAAUAAUAAAAUAUCUCCUAAUUUUAUAAAAGAAAUUGAAGAUAAUAGCUAUGAUGAUGAUAUUGACUUUAAAAAUGAAGUAGAAAAUGAAGAGGAAAAUGAAAAUGAAAUCGAACAAAAAAAUGUAACUUUGCAAAAUGAUGACACUGUAAUCGAGGAAAAAAAUGAAAAUACAUCAUUAUUCAAAUCUCAACUUUUAAAAACUCGUCUUUUAGAAUUAGAACAGGAAAUUGAAAUCUUUCGUAAAGAAAGUGCGGCAUUGACAUUUCAAAAGCAGAAACUUCAAGAAGAGCGAACAAAAUUACACGAAGAACAUACAAAUAUAUUGCGAAUUAUGAAAGAAAAGGAAGAAACGCUAGAAAUGGAAAAACGAAAAACAGAGACUAUUUUACAAGAAGAGAAAAAACGCUUGACACGAGAGAAACUUGCAUUAGAAAAUAGAAUGAAAGAUGCUUGGGAAAAGGCUCAAAAAAGUAAACAGGAGCGACAAGAAAUUCAAACAUUGAAAGAUCAAUUGGAAGAUCUUAAGGAAGAAUAUGAUCAAAAAGAGAGCAAAUGGUCAGCUACUAGUGCCAGACAAAGAAGUCAAAUAAGAGUUCUACAAACGGAAAAUUCAAAAUUGAAACAAGAAUUAGAAAAAAUUCAACAAAAGAAAAAUGCUAAAUUAAAAAAACCAACAACCACGACAAAUACACGAGCUAUUAAUCACAUUAAUAAAGUAUUAGGGGAUCGUAAAAAAGAGGAAUUAAAAAAUUCAAAUAACAUUGGCAAUUAUGAUAUGGGUUUGGAAGAAAAGCAGCAAGAAAAGGACAUCGAAAAAGUGAAAAUUUUGAAAACCGCGGAAAGUAUUGCAAGAACGCGAAAUCUAUACGAGAGCUUAUUAAAAGAUGCAACCGAAGAUUUUCCAGAAAUUAAAAUUGGAAAAAGAAAUCUAAUUGAUAAAUAUGUUAAAUCUGAUAAAAAAACGGAAGAUUAUUUAAAUUACGAAGAAAAUAAUUAUGAUUGCCAGAUAAUUGAAGAUGAUAUGUAUCCAAUUAAUGCUGCAAGCCCUAAAUUAUUGCAAGAAAUGCAAGAGGAGUCGAAUAAGUUUAACGACGAAAGAAAUAACAAAGUUGAACGUGCACAAUGUACUGACAAUAAACAAGGUAUUAGGGAAGUCAAUCAUCCCGAUGGUCAUAUCGAAUACUGGUAUCCUAAUGGUAAUGUUAAGAAAGUUUUUCCAGAUAAGUUUCUCACUAAAAUAAUUUAUUACAAUGGUGAUGUUAGCGAGACUGACAAAAAUGGCAAUGUUAAAUAUUUUUAUGCCAGUUUAAGAACAUGGCAUACAACUAUGUCGGAUGGUCUGGAAAUUUUAGAAUUUCCUGAUGGUCAAGUUGAACGUAAAUCAAAAAAUGGUACAAUUGAAGUAUCUUUCCCCGAUGGUUCCGUAAAAAUAGUUCAAACUGAUGGAUCUGAAAAAUGGGCUUUACGGGAUGGAACUAUUGCCGAAACUUCGGCCGAUGGAGAAAAAAUACUUAUUUUACCAAACGGGCAAAGAGAAAUUCACACUAAAGAACACAAAAGACGAGAGUAUCUCGACGGAACUGUAAAGCUCAUCUAUCCUAAUGGGAUCCAGGAAACUCGAUACGCUAAUGGACGAAUUCGUCUUAAAGAUAAAGAUGGUAAUCUCAUAAUGGACAAUCAUUAAUAAUUAGAAGUAUGAAACUAAAGACUGACGUGAUGUAUAUACGUUUAUAGUAACUAAGAUGUAUUCUCUGAAUUAAGAUUAUAUUUUCUGUUUAGCGUCCUGCGAAUUGUAAUCGUUGCGAUAUGUAAAGUAUAUGUACAAUUGAAAUAUAAUGUAUAUUAGUAUAUUAUAUUACUGUAAGCAUUUUACGAAACUGACAAA